UUCAGCUAUUUACUGAUGCCAUUGAAGUUGAUCCUCUCAAUGUUCGAGCCUAUAUAUGUAGAGCCCAAGCAUAUCAUACGAUUCAUAAUUUAAAAGAUGCUGUGAGGGAUAUAAAUCGAGCCAUUCAUCUUUAUCCAAACAAAUCACAGUUAUACAUAUUAAGGGGGAAGUACUUAAUGGAAAUGAAGAAAUAUGAGCUGUCAGGAUUAUGUAUUCACCAAGUUGCGGAAAUGGAUGAAGAAUCCUUCAAGUCUCAGCCUGUUCAGCGAGCUCUCAUUCAGUCAUUUUGUCAAAAUCAGAAUAAAGCAAUAGACUGUAUAUGUGAAGUUAUUGCAGUUCAGCCUGAGCCUUCCAUGUAUGUUCUCCUAGGAAAAAUACAAAUGAAAGCCAAGAAAACUAAGAAUGCUAUGGAAAGUUUUAAAAUUGCUACAAAGCUUCUGAUUACCUCAGGAAGAACCCUACCUAAUACAUUUGAGGCUGCAGAAGUACAUUAUCUUAUAGGCCUGUGUUAUAUAGAGCAAGUAAACUUAUUGAAGGCCUGUGAGGCUUUCAGUGUGGCGAUCAGAUUGCAUCCAAGUUAUCCUGAUGCUUUCUAUCAGCGAGGGCUCUGUAGAAUGCAGCUUGGACAAGCUAAGUGUAUCCAAGAUUUCAAUCGAACACUUGCACUUUGCCCAUCACAUUUUGAGGCAUAUAUGAGUCGUGCUGUUUACUAUGGAAGUAAAGGCAGAUACUCUAAGGCAAUUCUGAAUUGUAAUGAGGCUCUCAAAAUUAAUCCUAGCAGUGUGAGAGCUUAUUUUUACCGAGGAACUUUAAAGUAUCAAAACAAGACAUAUAAGGUUGCAAUUGAAGAUCUUUCUAAAACUAUAGACCUCAACAAAUCCUGCAUUUUGGCAUACUAUAACAGAGCAGUCUCUUAUAAUCAAAUAAAGGAUUUCAGAAAGGCUUUGAAAGAUUAUGGAAUUCUUCUUUUGCUUGAACUGAAUAAGGAAAUAGUUUUGAAGGUGUUAAUUAAUCGUGGACUGCUCUAUGUGGAACUUGGUGAUUAUGCUAAUGCAUGUGAGGACUUCAAAGAAGCAGCUUUGCACAGUCCAUUUGAUAGUCAUAUCUUCCAAGCUAUUGGAAUCUGCUAUCACAGAAUUAAUGAGUUUGAAGAAGCUGUGAAGUCAUUUAACCAGGUUCUCAAACUAGACCCCCUUUAUGUGGAUGCCUAUGUUGGAAGAGGAAAUUCGUACAUGGAAAACGGACAAGAGCCUGAUCGUAAACAAGCACAGAAAGACUUCUUGAAAGCACUUCACUUGAAUCCAAAGUGUGUGAAAGCCAGAAUUUGCUUAGGAUACAACUUGCAGGCCCUUGGAAAAUUUCAAAAAGCUUGGAACCAAUUUACAAUUGCUAUUGACAUUGAUCCAAAAUGCCAUGCUGCAUAUGAUGGACGAGCUUCGGUCUGUCUUCAGAUGGGAGAAGCCUUUGCUGCAUUUCAAGAUACAAAUGCUGCAUUAAAGCUCACUACCACUGCUGCACUGCUAACAAAUCGUGGUGUUAUCAACCAGUUUAUGGGAUAUCUAUCUUGUGCCAUGAGGGACUAUCAAAAUGCAAUUGCUGUUGAACCUGACUAUGCUUUAGCCUAUUUCAAUGCAGGAAAUAUCUACUUCCGUAAUCGACAGUUUUCACAGGCCCUUGGCUAUUAUUCCAAGGCAUUACAACUUGAGCCAAGAAACGAGUCCGCUGUUAUGAAUCGUGCUAUUACAAAUACAUUAUUAAAAAAUAUUAAAGAAGCAAAAGAAGACUUUGAGAAGGCAGUUUCUCUCUGUCCAUUCUCUGCAGCAGUGUAUUUUAACAGGGCACAUCUCCAUUAUGGAUUAAAGCAAUAUGAGCUAGCUGAGAAAGACAUUUCAACAGCAUUGUCAAUUCAACCCAAUGAUGCCUUGAUGUAUAAAUUUAGAUCUGAUAUCCGUGCUAAACUGGGUUUCAGGAAAGAAGCUAUAGAUGACUACAAACAAGCAAUCAGCAUUCAAGAACAGAUUAAUUCCAUUUGA